GAUCUCCUCCAACAUGCUCCGCCCCCUGCUCUUCCUGUUUGCUGUCAGUGGACUGACAGGCGUCCAUGGAAACCUGUGCACAGUGACCGGUCCCAGUAUCAUUGAUGUCAAGGGAAGUUUGAACUUUGUGUCCGACCGGUGUGAGUACUCUCUGCUGCACGAUCAGUCUACUGGAUUCUCUCUGAAGGCCAACUUCCUGGACCGUCGUCGCAGAGAUGUGAGCUUUGUGGACAGUCUCACUCUGGACUUCAGUGACAGUGAUGACAUUCAGCUGCUGCAAGGACACAGAGUCAUGGUAGCAGGAUCACCUGUGACCCUCACCAGUUCAGUCCAGACAUCUGGUGGAGUUGAUCUCUCCAAGGACCAGACUGGAGUCACUGCUAGUUUUUCAGUCAAUGGCUCAUCUGUGUCUGUGUUCUUUGAUGGAACCACAGCUCAGAUCUACAUGGAUUUGCCUGUUAAUCAUACGUAUGAGGGUCUGUGUGUAGACUCCAGCGUUGUAUCAUCUUCAAGGCUUCCCAGUAACCACAGCUGUCAGCAGACGUAUCAAGACCCUGCUGAUGACACCAUUAACUGCCCUGCUGUGAGUCAAAAGUGUGACGUCCUGAAAUCUGCCCCGUUCUCCUCCUGUAACUUAGACGUUGAUCCAGAGCCGUACAUUAUUGCCUGCCAUGAAACUCUGUGCAAAUACCCUGAUGUGGACGGUCUCAGGUGUCAGUUCCUGGAGGCCUACGCCAAAGCCUGUGAGAAGAGUCAAGCUGCAGUGCAGAACUGGUGGACAGCAGCUCAGUGCCAUCACCCACAGCCCAUCUGCCAAGAGAAAUGCAGUGAUCAUGAGUUCUGUGGAGAUAUCCAUGGAAACACUGACUGCCGCUGUAGAGCCAUUAAUGCCCACCAGUACACUGAACAGAACCGACUGGGAGGUCCAACUGUCUGCCAGGGCAACAACGCUUCACUCACUCUGGUGGGUUGUCUCCUGAAGGAAAAUGGCAUCGACUACACUCACUUACACCUCAAUGACCAGACCUGCACAGGUGUGAUGGACGACAGUCACAUGCUGAAAUUCAGCUUCAGCAGUGACAGUUGUGGAACGGAGGUCAAGACCAACAACAGCCAGGUCAUCUUCUCAAAUGCAGUUGUGACCCGGAACAGCUCCUCAGAGGUCAUCACUCGUCAGGAUAAAGUCUUCAUUGAGUUCUCCUGCAGCCAUCCUAAACCUGAGUUGCAGAACGUGGCCUUCAACAUUUUGGACAACUCUGUGGAAAUUGUCCUCCAAUCUGGAGAAUGGACGUACAGCUUGACCAUGAAGGCUUACUCUGAUGCUGCCCAUACCCAACUUUUGGAUCCAAAGAGUGAUGUCAGGCUGAACCAGAAGAUCUGGAUUGUUCUGGAGACCGAGGGUCUGGAUAAAGAUGUGGUUUCUGUGGUGACCGACUCCUGCUGGGCAACCAGUGGAAACUCCUCCAGCAGCACUCCCAGAUACGACCUGAUCAGAGAUGGCUGUGCAAAUGCACAGGAUGGAACAGUUAGUGUGAUGGGAAAUGGAGAAGGAACCUCCAACUCCUUCUCCUUCAACAUGUUUGAGUUCUCUGGAAAGGAACCUUCAGAAGUCUACCUUCACUGCCAUCUGCAGCUGUGUGUUAAGAAGAACACCAACUGUGUGCCGGGUUGUUCUGCUGGAGGUCGGAGACGCAGAUCUCUCAGAUACAGACGUGGGGCUCCAGCCUUGAUCAGCAUGGUCUGGACUCCUUAGAUGAAAUUCAUGGAGAUCCUGACUAACCAUCGGAGUGCUGACUUGAUCCUGGUUCUCAACCCGGAAGUGUGAAGAAAGAUCAGUUCUGGCUGCUGUUAAUCCACUUUGUUAACCUGCACAUAUACUGCUUAUGAAUUCUGAAGAGGGAAGGAAACUGUCACUUUAUUAAUUUUAUCAUUCAUCUGCUCUCUGCUUUAUUAUUGACAUGAGGGAGGAACUAAGUGAGCUAAGCUGCUUUUCCCUCCAUUUAAAUUAUUUAAUCAAAUUUAAAUUUAUAUACUUCUGACUCCAAAAGUCAGUUGAAUUAAACAAUACAGCCUGGAAAUGUGUGUUAUUUUCAUUCUAUUUUUUUCUGAACAGCACUUUGAUUAGUUUUGUCAAAGACAAUUCGAAGUAAAUAUUUGAGUUUAGUUAAAGUUGCUAUGAAGGUCGCCAAUUGGUUGAGUUUUGAAGUCAAUGUACUGUUUAAAAUACCCCACAUUUUACUAUUUAGACUUGUUUCUGAUUUUACUGGUUCUUUGUUCUGUGCUCCUAAAAAAUAUUUCUUAUUAGUUGAUAUGCAUUCAAAAGACAAAAAAUAAAGACAA